UCUUCUUCGCGACCUCCGGCCGGUGACUUCCUGUGUUGCAGGUUGUAAACACUGACUCCAGUUCAGCCAAGUGAAGAAAACCUUCUUGAACUGUGUGACACAUUUCACCGGAGGACACGAGAGAACCCGCAGCGGGAUGCGGACUCUCAGCUGAAGCUUCACGCCGGUUUCUCCGCCCGUCAUACAAACUCUUCAGUUAUGGCAGGGAUUUUCAUGAAAGCAUCAAAGCUGAGGACAGCUCUGAGACACCUGAGCUCCCGUGGCUCCCUCUCAUCUGCAGCCAUAACCAGAGUCUCACCUGCCGACCUCUGCGGGCCGUCUCUCCUCUGCGGCUCUGGGCAGUUUGUAGCCUCCGCUCGGAAGCUACACACCGAGGCAGAGGGACAAAGGCCGUCUCCGGCCGCAGCCCCAGAGAGACGGCCUUUCUCCAGAGUGACUCCAGAAGAUUUGUCCUUCUUCAGAAAGGUCCUACCAGGCGGGACCAUCACUGACCCAGACCUGCUGGAGUCAAGUAAUGAAGACUGGCUCAAAACAGUGAGAGGUUCCAGUGAAGUGUUGUUGAGACCUCAGACAACAGAAGAAGUUUCUCAAAUACUCAGUUAUUGUAACAGUCGUAACCUGGCAGUCAACACUCAGGGAGGCAACACGGGGCUGGUUGCAGGCAGCGUGCCAGUCUACGAUGAGGUCAUCCUCUCCACUGCGCUUAUGAAAAACAUCCUCAAAUUUGAUAGCAUCUCUGGUAUUCUAACCUGCCAGGCAGGUUGUGUCCUGGAGAACUUGUCUCUCUACCUGGAGGAAAGAGACUACAUCAUGCCACUGGAUCUGGGCUCAAAAGGCAGCUGCCAAAUUGGAGGCAACGUGGCAACAAACGCAGGCGGACUGCGGCUGCUGCGAUACGGCUCCUUACACGGGACUGUGCUGGGUGUGGAAGUGGUGUUGGCAGACGGGCGGGUGCUGGACUGUCUGACCACACUGCGGAAAGAUAACACCGGAUAUGACCUCAAACAGCUGUUCAUCGGGUCAGAGGGGACACUGGGGGUCAUUACAGCCGUGUCCAUUCUUUGUCCUCGGAAACCCAAAUCUGUCAACGUGGUUUUCCUGGGAUGUGAGACCUUCGAGAAGCUACUGCAGACGUUUCAGCUCUGCAGAGGCAUGCUGGGAGAAAUCCUGUCUGCUUUUGAGUUCCUGGACAGUGAAUGUAUGAGGCUGCUGAACACGCACCUCAAAUUACCUAAUCCCAUUUCAGCCUGCCCAUUCUACAUCGUCAUAGAAACAUCUGGAUCUGACGCGACACACGAUGGAGAAAAACUCCACAACUUUCUCGAAGAGGCGAUGAGCUCUUCAAUUAUCUCUGAUGGAACUGUGGCGACUGAGGAUUCCAAAAUAAAGGCUCUGUGGUCGAUGCGGGAACGCGUCACAGAGGCGCUGACUCACGAGGGCUACACGUACAAGUAUGACAUCUCUCUUCCAGUGGAGCAGAUCUACCAGCUGGUGACAGACAUGAGGAAGCACGUGGGCAGCCGAGCUAAGAGUGUGGUGGGAUACGGACACGUGGGUGAUGGUAACCUCCACCUAAACAUCACAUCUCCUGCCAAAGACCCGUCUCUCCUCGCUGCCAUCGAGCCGUUCGUCUACGAGUGGACGGCCAGGUACCAGGGCAGCAUCAGCGCUGAGCACGGACUGGGCCUGAAGAAGAGGAACUACAUCUACUACAGUAAACCCAGCCAGGCUGUGGCUCUCAUGGGCGACAUCAAAACGCUGCUCGACCCCAAAGGCAUCCUCAACCCGUACAAGACUUUACCAGACGACCUCAUUCGACCUCAUACGACCUCAUAACCCUCCUGCUGCUUUGGAGUAAAUAGUAAUGUAUAAAAAUAUCACGCAGGACUGAUCUGCACGUGGUUUUAAGGCAGCUCAUGCCGUCUACCUGAACUGCAGGUUUUGCACGAGACAGCGUUCACCAGGUAAAACGCAAACUCUCACUGAUCUGUACUUUUAUUUUCAUGUGCACAAAUCAUAACUUUGAGAACGACGUCAACAUCAACAAGCUGCUUACUUAGUCUCUGGACUGAACAUACUCCAAAUUAAGUUACCUCUAAACAUUAACAACCUGAUAAUUAUGUAUGGGAAUAAAUUAAAGGUGAAGCUUUAUGUUCAAGCAUUUGAAUUAAGAAAGAAAGAUGAAGAAUAUCCUGUGUCUGUCCAAUCUGUCCCCUGCCACUGUUUUAAGAACCUGUCCUUGAAAAUGACCCGUAGAAAUACGUUUUCUAAAAAUCAAAAAACAGCAAACAGUCGAGCAAGAAUGCAGUAAAUGUUUUAUUACAUAUAAAAAAGACAAAGCAACAUUUGUUUUUUCAAAACAAACCCAGUAUUUUUUGAACAAGUUUGUUUGUAACCGCACACGUCAGUAACUGUCUUUUUUAAAUAAAGCGAUUUCCAAAUGAAAAUGGAGUGUUUUUUUUCCCAUCAUUCAGGUAACUUGUAGUGUUGCAUGAUGGGAGACGAGGAGUGAAUUGAGGCCCAGCUCGCUACAGAAAGUCUUCACCCCCAUAGUCUUAAAAAAAAUAAAAAUACACCAGCUCAGCACAAACAGGUCUUCCUUGAUUCCUCUCUGCUGACACAGAAGACCUUUAGUUGUAAUUACAGUUUAUGAAGAGUCAGGCAGAGAGGAACACAUUCUUAUUAUAAGAUACAGAAUAAUUCCUAUUGGCAGGUGCUUACUGUUUGUUCCAGGAAGCACCUGAAUAAACAUGUAACAUUUGUGGUGUUUCGUCGCUUCGGCUCGAUUCCUUUUCCUCUAUUUCUCACCAAACUGUUUCCUACUAGCUUCAUUAAUGAAAACAUGGGUACAGAACGUUCAUUAGUGUCGAUGCCUAUACAUAAAUUCAGUCCAUUUCACGCACCAUCAGUCUUACAUAUCCUCAGUAGUGUGGUAUCAGUGGAGCUCCAGUACAUAA